GAGAACUUCUGCAUUCUGGAUGAGCAGAGGUUUGCCAAGGAGCUACUCCCCAAGUACUUCAAACACAACAAUAUCUCCAGCUUCAUACGACAGCUUAACAUGUAUGGUUUCAGGAAGGUGAUUGCUCUGGAGAAUGGUAUGAUUACAGCAGAGAAAAGCUCAGUCAUUGAGUUCCAGCACGCUUUCUUCAAGCAAGGGAAGGCACAUUUACUGGAAAACAUCAAGCGCAAGGUAUCUGCAGUAAGAACGGAGGAUCUCAAAGUCUGUACAGAGGAUUUGCACAAAGUGCUCUCUGAAGUCCAGGAAAUGAGAGAGCAGCAGAACAACAUGGAUGUCAGACUGGCUAACAUGAAGAGAGAAAAUAAGGCCCUGUGGAAAGAAGUGGCAGUUCUAAGGCAGAAGCACAGUCAACAACAGAAGCUGCUGUCUAAGAUUCUUCAAUUUAUCCUAAGUUUGAUGCGAGGAAAUUAUAUUGUUGGGGUCAAAAGAAAAAGGUCUCUAACGGAUGCUGCAGGUGCUUCACCUUCCAAAUACAGUCGUCAGUAUGUUCGCAUACCCGUGGAGAGUGGCCAAGCAAUGGCUUUUUCUGAACAUAAUGCAGAUGAUGAGGAUGGAAAUGGUACGGGUCUCAUCAUUCGAGAUAUCACCGAUACCCUGGAAAAUGCCACCGAUGGUCUCCUUGCUGUGGCACACACCAGUGGCAGAGCCAGAGAGACACAGGCAGCGCUGGAUCCUGGGUUACCUCUUUGUCAAGUAUCGCCGCCCGAUGAAUUAAAUUGUGCAGAACCAAUCCCACCAGUUCUUAUAAAUGAUGCCAACAAAUCCAGUGAAAUAGGAAAUGUUGCUGUGGAACUCCAUACUGCACAACCUAAUGCUCCAGACGACCCCGUGUCGGUGAUUGACUCCAUCCUGAACGAGAACAACUCUGGAAACCAAAACGAUCCCUUGCUGGACAGAGAAGAAAUUCAGGAUUUUCUCAAUUGCAUCGAUGCCAGCCUUGAAGAACUUCAAGCAAUGCUAUCUGGGAAGCAGUAUAACUUUGGUUCUGAAGCUUUCAGUGAUACACUUAAUCCUGAGCUGCCAGCCCUGGAUAUGAGCUUGAUGGAAAAUUCCCCGUGUAUGGAAAAUAUUGCAAACUUGGCAGAGAGCACUGAAGAUCUGGGAGCAACUGAGAGAGAAACAGCAGGAAGCAAAGAUAUGCAGCUGAUACAGUACAGGGCCAAUCCUCUGCUUUCAUUAUUUGAAGAACUACCUUCAAGUGAAGCUGCAGGGAAGAUAGAGGAUCCGAAAGACCUUCUGCUGCCUUCCCUGGAGGAGAAACCUGCUCUUCAUCCUCCAUCAGGUAGUGGAACUGUCUUGCCGCUAGCAGCUCCAGCAAGCCAGGCUGAGCCUCCGGAUGCUCUGGGAAUGGGUGAUCCACCUCUCCUCUCGGAAGAUGGGAAUGGAGAGUAUAAACUGUUUCCACUCUUGCUCCUCAGUCCUGUUGCUAACUUCAUAGAAGAGGCCUCUGAGAUAGAAACUUCUUGA